AUGCGUAGUAUGAUAAGCGUAAUGAAACGUGAGCUUCAAGAUCUACGAGAUGCAGUAAAUGAUAACUGUACAGCUUGUUACAGCAAUCCUUGUCUAUACGGAAGCAAAUGUACACCAGUGGGAAUAACAGAUUACAGACAAUUCCAUUUUAGAUGUGACUGCCCAGACGAUAAAGCAGGGAAGAACUGUGAAGUAGAUGUGGUUUGUAAAGACAACAGUUGUGGUUAUGGCGCAGUAUGCUUUGUUAAGAAUCAUCAGAUUAAUUGUGUUUGCCAACAGGGGCUUUCAGGUAAUAAGCAGUUAAUAAAAAUUUUAAAAUGGUUUUUAGGAGACCCGUUCAGAGAAUGUUCGUUAAGAACAGUGAAAACAUGUAUGAGCGGAGAUCCUCAUUACACCACGUUUGAUGGACAGCACUUUGAAUAUAUGGGUACAUGCCCGUACGAUUAUGUAAAAUUUUGUGACAAGGAUUCAGUCGAUCCAAACGAGUACUUCGAGGUUAAGGCGAAAAAUGAGCGAACGUAUCCUUCUGCCAGGCAACUUCGAAUACAACGCUACAACGGAAUGGUAAAAAUUGAUAACAGAGCAUAUCUGGAGGUGACGUUUUCCGAUGGAUACAUGUGUGUCACAGUUCCUAACAUCGAGCUAUACCGAGGUAACGGAACACUUUGUGGUGUCGGAGGAAACAUAGAUGGCGAUUGCGAAGAUGACUUUAUUCGGCGAGACGGCCAAAUGUACGAAGCUUAUGGAUGUUCAAACAAUUAUAAACAAUUCACAGAAAUUUUCGGAGAUACAUGGAUUACAGAAGACUUCACGGACGGUUAUAGAGCUUGUGUAACCGGCGAGGAAAUUUACAACGGAUCGAUACCUUGUAACUUGGAUGACGCGCGACAGGUUUGUCUGAACAUAAGACAAGCAGAACGUGGAUUUGGGCCAUUUGCAGCUUGCCGUGGAUUAGGAUAUGAUGUAAUAGAAAACUCUUUCGAAGAAUGCGCCAUGGAUGUUUGUUACGCGCCUGAACUACGUUGCAAAGCCCUUGCUGAAUUUGCGAAGAAAUGUCAAACUGAAAUUCCAAAUACUCCACUGGAUUGGAGAUCUCAAGAAAACUGUGACCUUACAUGUACAUAUCCCCUCACAUACAGCUCCUGCGCUACCGGCUGUCCGCUUACUUGCGGAAGUCCAGACUACUCAGGAGAAUGUUCUGAACCUUGUACGGAAGGAUGUCAGUGUGAGCCUGGAUUUUAUCUAGACAAUGCAGACCCAGAAGGUCUGAAAUGUGUUCGUCUGGAUGAAUGUGGAUGUAAAGACAAUGACGGGAACUAUCACGGCGCUGGAGAAGUAUGGUUAAGUGAAAAUUGUACCACAAUAAACUACUGUACCAACGGAACGUAUUCUUCAUUCUAUACUUCGUGUGAUGCAUCUGCUGAAUGCGUUAUAAACAAGGAACAUAAGUAUCAAUGUGUUUGCAAUAAUGGCUUUGCUGGAGAUGGCUUCCAGUGUUCCGACGUCAAUGAAUGCAAGGAUCCUAAGGUCUGCAACCAAGAAAACGGCCAUGGAAGAUGCAUAAAUACCAUUGGCUCUUAUAUAUGCGAAUGCGAUUCGUAUUACAACGAUAGUGCCAACUGCGAUCAUUAUUUACCGCUCAGGCACUGUGCAGAUCUAAUGGUUUAUCAUAACAUUAGCAAGAGUGGAGUCUACGAAAUAAAGCCCGCGUACUCAUUUCCUGGACAUUACGAGUACGAGCCAAUUUCUGUUUAUUGUGAUAUGACAACUUUUGGCGGUGGAUGGACAGUAAUGAGUGCUUCCAAAAGCAAUCUGUUCUCAAACAAAAAAUAUUGGCAGUACGUUGAUGGUUUUGGGGAACCAGAAUUUCAGGAAGUCUGGCUUGGGUUGGAAUUAAUUCACCAAAUGACUAACGAAAUGGAUACAAGUCUGAGAGUUGAUCUUCACCGCUGUCGUUCAAAAUGGAUGCCGGAAAAAAGCACUGAAUGCAUCUACCCAAGUUUCAAAGUGCUAGGCUCUUAUAUGGAUUAUGCAGUUGUGAUCCCGGCUCCUUGUGAGGGUUCUGAGUCUCAGCAGACAUACAAUGACGGCUGGUUGCGUUGGGAUAAUGAAAUUGGACCUAAAUUCGUCGCUUACGACUCAUCUAAGUCUGACUGUCCCGGAUAUUUCCAAAACACUGGCUGGUGGUACGACGAAAAUAGCAACUGUGGUUACGCAAACUUAAAUGGAGUCCGAUAUAAGUGUGAGGAGCCUCCUAGCAGGGGUGAUCUAUCGACAUAUGCUGAAUGGAACGGGAAUCCUGUCAAUUUCGCAGAAAUGUAUCUAAGACCUGCAGGCUUCCCCGACUAUGAACUGCCGCCAACAACAGAAGAGCCAACUGUUGAAACGUUUAGCACGAUUCCAGAUGGUUUUACAGAUAUUCCAAACUUAGUAAGCACAGUCUCAGAUAUCUUUGCGAGUACAAGAACAAAGACUACCGAAGAAACGAAUGAGUCCCCUGCGAGUGCAGGAACAAUGACUGCCGAAGAAACGAGUACGUCAGAAGAUUUACAGACAACUUGGGAUCCAUGGUGGAAUUAUCCGUGGCACAUGAAGCGUUUCUCUAAAUCAAAACAUUGA